AUGCUCUCGUUGAAGCAGAUGCAACGGCAAUACACACUCUCGCCUGCGGGCGCCAUACCGGGAACUCAGAAUGCACACCCACCCGAAGCUAGCCCGGCAACCUCACGGCCGACUGGCGCUCGGGACGAAGCCUUCACUGUAAUCGAACCAGGGAAGAUCACGAAGAAGGCUGUAAUGAUAGACGAAUAUGAGACUCUCAUCGACACUACGGAAGCUCUACCGUUGAAGUCCAAGAAGACCGAGCGUAUGCAAAAGAAACUCCAGAAGAAAUUGAAGAGAACGACAGUACGAUCCGAUACGAAGUCUUUCCUAGAUCUGCCUCCGGAGCUGCUUCAAGGCGUUCUGAGCCACUUACAGCCACGAGACAUUUUCCCGCUGUUACGCUUGAACAAGGCGACUAGAGAAUACAUUCUUGAUAACGAGAGCGCGAUCGCAAGGGACAUCAUCAGGCAGCGGUACUGGGUUCUGUCGCGCUGCUUUUUCCUGCCGGUCCCUCUGACCGAAGUCGAACCUUCUGCACAUGCGGCGUUGAAGAACCCGGAAUGGCAAAAACGAAUGCAGGUACACAAACGCUAUCAACACGUCAAGCCUCACGAUGAAAGCAACGUCUGCAGUUGCUCGAACUGUGUCUGCGCGUGGAACGACCUGUGCUUGGUCCUGGACCUGGCUCACUUUCAAGACCACUUGAGCAACAGACAACCUAUACCGAUCAUACCCCGUGGUACAUACCCGCAGUGGCAUACUCAACUGAUAGAACGUAAUGCUCAAACUGUCUUGGAGGCCAACAGAAGCCCGUUGGUCUAUGCCAUGAUCUUGCAAAUACACCUCGAUACCAUCUUCAGCACUCUGACUCGGCAAGUCAGGGUUGGCAAAAAGACGUAUCAUCCGAAACAGCUCUAUCAUCUCUCACGGCAGGACGUGGAGUCACAGACAGAUGCAUUCCUCGAACGGAGCGGGCCACCGUCGUACGAAUUCCCCUUCCACAGGGACAAGUACCAUUAUCUGGAAGCCUAUGUGCCUAAUCGGAAAUGGUCAAAGGAAGACCAGAUGUGGAAAUACGCAACUCCUGCUUCGCCGCAUCAGAACAAUCUGGCAUGGGUCGUGGAGCGUUUUACUCCAGAGAAAAAUGGUCUGGACAAGUUUGUAUCGUCUUCUAUCCAACAGCUACAAGUUUGA